AUGUCGAGACGGGUGAGGCCAGGGCACAAUGAGCAAAACAAGUGGAGUGUCCCGGCCGAACGGCUAGCCGGCGGAGAGACUGCGGCUAAGUGGAAAAGUAAGCGUUUUGGCUGGGUUUAAGUUUGCUUGUUUUUUAAAAAUCUUUUACAAUAAGUUUAAAAAUAAGAGAAAACUAUUGCCAUUUUUGUAGAUUCAUACGUUUACUUUGUUAUCCUAGCUUGCUCUUUGAUUUAUAUAAUAUUUUUAAAAGAGCCAAGCCGGGCCCAAUUUUUUGAGUUGCCUUCGAGCCAAUGAGUGCUGACGCGGUCUGACCCUUUCAAAGUUUGUUAAGCCCGAAAAACUUGAAAAAUAGACCCGGGCCUGCUCUAGGGUAAAGUUGAAACAGGUCAAGCUUAUGUUGGGGCCGCGGGUUAGGCUUGAAUAGCAGGUUGAGCAUAGAUUUUUUUUGGGCGGGCAGGGGCGGCUUGAAAAAAUUAAAACAGGCUAUGCAUAAAUGUUGAACCCUGGGUCUGAGCAGGGCUUCAAAAUUUGGCCAGGCCCGGCCCGUUUUCCACCCUUAAUAACUGAAACAACUUGUAUCAAAGUCAAUUCUUUCGUUGUAAGACCUAGAGUGGUUUCUCAGGCCUUUGAGCCCACAUGUGUAGGCCCAACCCGGCUUCUUUCAAACUUAGACUUGGCUCAGCCUUUUUCAAAUUUGCUUUGGCUCGGUCCAGUCCUGCCCGAGGCCGGCUUUGUAGGCCCGGUCUUUCAAAUAUUCUUUGAUCUAAUUUAAAUUCAUCAGACAUUGUUGAAGACCUUCCAAUUCCUUAGCAAUACCUUCCUUUAGAAUGUCUACUUUCUUAUCACAUUCAGUAAUAUCGAACAUAAUCAACUUUUCCCCAAUUUUCAUUCCCAUUCUUUCAACUAAAAACCUUCCUUUUUCAGAGCUCAGUAAUUGGCAGAAGACGAAACGAGUAGUGUUGGUGAUAGUAAAGCUAUGUACAUUGUUAUCAGUUAUUUGUUGUUUUAUUUGUACGUUGAAUCUUCUCACAGACGCCUUCAAAUUGCUAGGUGUCAAAGGCGUAGGCAUGACUAUCAAAACAUCACCACUAAUCCUGAAUCCAGUGUCAGCGUCGUUGAUUGGCAUGAUGUGCACAUUGUUGUUCCAAAAUGGCAGCACUUUGGUUAGUAUAUUGGUUGGCAUGGUCGCUAGUGGAUGUGAGUUGGCUUAGUUGUAUUAAAAAUUUAAAAAAAGUUAAAAAUCAAUUGAAAUAGUCAAUUUCAGUGAUAUCAGUUCACCACGCGCUUCCAAUGAUCAUUGGCUCAGAAAUGGGAGCAUCGUUAACCAACGUUCUCAUCUCAAUGGGUCAAUCUGGAGACCGUAACAAGUUCAGAAGGUCCUUUGCGGCCGCUACACUAAAUGACGCUUUCAACGUUUUAAAUUAUCUUACCCUUCUACCAUUAGAGAUCUGUACUGGUGUUAUUGAAGGGUUAAGUGCGAGGAUGGUCCAACCGCUAGCCACCACUCAGGCUGGAGAGAUCAAGACCUUAAACAUGCUGACUGAUCCAUUGCUCGAGCUUAUUGUUUAUGUAAGUAGAGGUUGUCACGGCCGAGAGGAUAGUGAUUAAAUAGGUUUUUGUUGAAGAAUCUUUGAGAUUUAAAAAAACAUUUUUUUUCAAUUCAAUGAAGGGCAGAGAGCAAAAAUAUAUUUUAAAAAUUUUUGAAAUUCAAAGAAAGUUCUCAAUCUGUCCCGCUCUGAUUGACUUCAAACUUUCUAUAUAGAAAAAUCAUGUAAAUAUAGGAUGUUCAGCAGAGUAUUAAAUCGCCCGUUCCAGUCAAUUUCGAGUAAAUCAAAAUCAAAAAAUUACGUUUGAAUUUCCCACCAAGUUGGCAUUGUGUUUCAAGCUUAUAACUUCGCCAUUUUUUGACUUUUAGAAAUUUUUCUUUAGUAUACUAGUAGAAUACCCCCGCAUGAACCUACAUUUUUAAAUUUGUAAGUGUAGCUUGCCUGGAAAGUAAAAAAAGUGCUUGAAACACAACGCCAAAUUUGCCAACUUGGCAGCAAAAGCAAAUAUUUAAAAUUUAAAACUCAAAAGCGCGAGCUAAAAUUUUUUAUGGGUACUAUAGAUGGUGCAAAGAAUUCAUAUAAAAACUUUAAGCUGAUUCUAAGUGAAGCAGGUUGAGUACUUUGUUGUCAGUCAGUGGGAGGCAAAUUUUGUUUUUAAUUUUUAAGAUGUUUAAAAUUUUUUUAACUAAAGGCUUUCUGAAUAGUUUUUUUAAUAAUUUAUUUUUGAUAAAGCCAUUUUUAAGAUCGACGACGACGCAAUAAACGCUGAUAUAGCAGCCGCUACUGAUUCGGACAAUUCCACAAUACCUUCAGGACGAGAAACCUUUAUUUAUCGAUGUGUCAACUUGACAACAAAGGCUGUUAACAAUAACUGUAAGCUUCUUUACUAUCUUAACUACUUAAGCCUUUAAAAAACUGUCUUAAACUAACUUGUAAAACUAUAAUAAUAUACAAAAUUCACUUAUAGAUCAAACAGUACGAAAAAAACCCGAACAAACCGAAUUUCAGGCCAAUACCACCACCUCUUCGCCAACUCUUUCUGGCCUGAUGCUUUAAUUGGAGCAAUAUUACUGUGCGUAGCCAUCGUAUCCCUAAUCUGCUGUCUAAUUGGCAUAGUCCAGCUAAUGCAAUCCUUAUUAGCCGGCCGAGUUGCAGUCCUAGUUCGUCGAAUCCUAGACCAAGAAUGUCCCCACCCAUUCAGCUUCAUCACCGGCUACAUCGUGAUGUUGUUCGGAAUGGUGGUUGUCUUCAUCGUUCAAUCAAACAGUGUGUUCAGAUCAGCCUUGACACCGCUUGUAGGUAUUGGUGUUGUGACUUUGGAUAGGUUAUAUCCAUUGUUACUUGGAGCUAACAUGGGGUCUUCGUUUACUGGAAUUCUGGCUGCGCUUUCAGCCGACCCAGCUAGGCUGAAGGAGACCUUGCAGAUAGCUUUAUGUGAAACGUUAUGUAACGUUUUUGGGGCUAUAGCGUUUUAUCCUAUACCGUUCUUAAGACACAUACCCAUGAAUAUUGCGAUGAAGCUAGGGGAUACUACUGCUCAAGUAAGUUAAUACCUACUAUAAUAUAAUGACAUUACUACCUACGACAAUAUAAUAGCUUUUCUUUUCAAUUUCACAAUGUUUUGGCCCUAGUACUGUAACUAAAAACUAAUUUUUUUCCAUCUUUAUGACCUUCCGAUACAAAUAUGAUAUCAAUAAAACUUUUAAAAGAAUGACAUUUCAGUACCGAUGGUUUGCCUUGGUCUACAUAGCACUAUUCUUUUUCGUAAUGCCCUUAUCACUACUUGGCAUCACCUUACUUCCCACUUGGGCCACAAUAACAACAAUUUCACUACUCGUCUUCUUUCUUACCAUUAUCUUCACCAUCAACUGGAUGCAAUCAACCUACCCCACACUACUACCAAAGAUGUUACAAUCCUGGGAUUGGCUACCAAAACCGCUAUAUUCUCUGCGACCGUACGAUGACUUCGUACGAAAAUACUUUGGCUCCGUAGCUUGUUGUAAGAACCACUUUGUGUCUUCUGAUGAACAUAGAAAACGGUCAGGACACUUGGAUGAUAUGUUUGUUCGGCCCUCGAUGGCUGAAAAAGAAGCAGUUCAGAAUGAAGAAGACCGGCUUGGCUUCAUCAGAGAGAUAAUGAGGACUCCAACGCCGCAAAUGACUUAUUAUUAA